AACACACUCAUCGUAGUAGGUCAUACUCUGUUUAGUCUACCGUCGAGACGGCAUCAAAUUGUGUACACAGAAAAAAAUUACACCAUUUUGCAAAAAAAAACGCUUCAAAAUGCCGUCCAGAAGGAAAUCGAUACAGCUAUCAACACAAGAGCUGAUCGAUGUGUACCAGUGGGUGAAACAGUUCAAUCUCUCGAAGGACAUUAAGAACAUUAACCGGGACCUUACGGAUGGAGUCCUGGUAGCGGAAAUCCUGAAGCAUCUCUACCCGAAGCUGGUCGAUCUGCACAACUAUACGAAAUGUUACGCCACCCGCAACAAGCUAGACAACUGGCAGACGCUUAACCGGAAGGUUUUUAGCCGGUUGAACAUCUACUUGGAUGAGGAGAUGAUGAGCGAUCUGGCUAGUGGAAGCAACGGGAUGCUGGAGGUGCUGCUGUUUGAGCUGAUGGCUAAGUACAAGUGGGAGAACAAACCAAGCUACUACCAGCACCACGAGGGAGCACAGGAGGAAGGUUACCGAGGGGAAGAAUGAUUUCCUGGAAGAGCAUGGC